AUGCUCUCUUGGAGUUUUAUCCCUUGGAUUCUGCAGAUUCCCAAUCUUGUGUGUGCUUUGGGGGACUCUGAAUGCUUUUUCAGAAUCAAAGACUUUCGUCAUGAUGGGAAUGUGAUCAUUGGUGCAUUUUUCCCUCUUUAUUAUUUUUACUCAGCCAAGAAAAUUCCUCAUAAAAAUCUGCCAAACGAUUAUGGGGAUUUGAAUAUACAGUAUAAGUUUAAGAAUUACCAGUUUGUCCUGGCUCUGGUAUUUGCCAUUGAGGAGAUCAAUAGGAACCCUCAUCUUUUACCUAACACAUCUCUUGGAUUUGAUCUUCAUAAUAUCCCUUUCAGUGAAAAGAAUAUUCUUUGGAAUGCUUUUGUUUGGCUCACAGGGAUGGAUGAUAUCAAAGUUAAUUACAAAUGUAAUGAGGAGAAGUUAGCAGCUGCACUUACAGGAACAUCAUUCACAGUGUCAGCCCAUAUGGGGACAUUGCUUCAACUCUACAAAAUACCACAGCUUACUUUUGGGCCUUUUGACACUAUCCUUAGUGAUCGAACACAGCUUACCUCUCUCUACCAGAUGGCCCCCAGUGAUACAUCUCUACCACUUGGCAUUGUCUCUUUGAUGCGUCAUUUCAAAUGGAGCUGGGUAGGACUGCUCCUCACAGAUGACCACAGAGGAAUGCAGAGUUUAUCUGACUUGAAAGAAAAGAUGAAGAAAAAUAAUGUCUGUUUGGCUUUUGUAGAAAUUAUUUCAGGUACCUGGAAUUCAUUUUCCCACACUUUCUGGAAAAGUAUGGGAAAGAUCCAAGACUCAACUGCAAAUGUGAUUAUCAUUUUUGGAGACACUGAUUCUCUACAAGGUGUAAUAAAAAAUAUAGGGCAGAAGUUAACAACAUGGAAAGUCUGGGUUAUGAACUCACAAUGGGAUGUUACCAACCACAUUGACUAUUUUAUGUUAGAUUCUUUCCAUGGGAGUCUCACUUUUUCACACCACUAUGAGGAGGUAGUUGAGUUUACAAAUUUCAUUCAAACGGUUCGUCCUUCCAAAUACCCAGAAGAUACAUAUCUUCCUAAAUUGUGGCAUUUGUUUUUCAAAUGCCCAUUUUCUCAAAUUGAUUGUAAACUGCCGGAUAACUGUCAACCCAAUGCUUCCUUGGAUUUAUUGCCUAAGCAAAAUUUUGAGACAGCCAUGAGCGAAGAGAGUUAUUAUAUAUAUAAUGCUGUGUAUGCAGUGGCCCACAGUCUCCACAAGUUAAUUCUUAAUCAUAUUCAAAUUCAACAAUCUGAAAAUGCAGAGGGACAUAUAUUCCUCCCCUGGCAGGUCCAUCAAUUCCUACAGAAUAUGUAUAUGAAUAAUCAAGUGGGAAGUCACAUGGUAGUGGAUAUGAGAUCUAUGUUAGAUUUUAAGUAUGACAUUAUCAAUUUCUGGAAUUUUCCAAAAGGGUUUGGAUUAAAGGUGAAAGUAGGAUCAUUUUCUCCAAAUGCUCCACAAGAUCAACAAUUAUCUUUAACUAAUCAUUUGAUACAAUGGCCCACAGGAUUUACAGAGAUUCCUAAGUCUGUAUGCUCUAAACUCUGUGAACCUGGAUUCAGAAGAACUGUCAUAGAGGGUAAAGGUGCCUGUUGCUUUGAUUGUACUUCCUGUCCGGAUAAUGAGAUUUCCAAUGAGACAGAUGUGGAUGAUUGUGUGAUGUGUCCAGAAAGCCAAUAUGCAAACAGGGAGAAGAAACACUGCCUCAAGAAAACCGUGACAUUUUUACAUUUUGAAGAUCCCUUGGGCAUGGCACUCAGUAGCACCGCCUUGUGCUUCUCUGCAAUUACAGCUACCAUUCUUGGGGUCUUUGUGAAGCAUCGAGACACUCCCAUUGUAAAGGCCAAUAAUCGAGCCCUCAGUUACAUUCUGCUCAUCACCCUCAUCAUCUGUUUCCUUUCUUCCUUGCUCUUUAUUGGGCAGCCCAACUCAGCUACCUGCAUCCUGCAGCAGACUGUAUUUGGAAUUGUGUUCACUGUGGCUCUCUCUACUGUAUUGGCCAAAGCUCUUACUGUAGUUAUUGCCUUCAAAGUUACUUAUCCAGGGAAAUUGAUGAGGUGGUUAAUGGUUUCAAGGGCUACUAACUACAUCAUUCCUAUCUUCACUCUUCUCCAAAUCAUUCUUUGUGGAAUCUGGCUUGGAACCUCUCCUCCCUUUGUUGAUCAAGAUCUUCAUGCUCUACAUGGACACAUCAUAAUUUUGUGCAACAAGGGCUCAUCCAUUGCCUUCCACUGUGUCCUGGGAUACCUCUGUUCUUUGGCCCUUGGAAGCUACAUCAUGGCCUUCUUGACCAGGAAUCUUCCUGACAAAUUCAAUGAAGCCAAGUUCUUGUCAUUCAGCAUGCUUGUGUUCUUCAGUGUGUGGGUCACUUUCCUUCCUGUCUACCACAGCACCAAGGGAAAGAUUAUGGUGGCUAUGGAAGUCUUCUCUAUUUUGGCCUCCAGUGCAGCUCUCCUAGGCUUCAUAUUUGCCCCCAAAUGCUACAUAAUUUUGUUAAAGCCAGAUAAGAAUGUGUUUCAUGGCAUCAGAGACAACAUACACUAUGGAAAAAAUAACUUUAAUUAA